AUGGAGCUUUGCACCAGUUGGCUCUGGGGCAAUUGCAAAGCUAUCUACGAUUAUCAACUGGCAACAUGUACUGACGAGAUUACAGCGGAGACUGCGGGCAUCGGUUGGGAGGCUGCCUUGGCUCAAGCAGAAGCCUUCCUGGCCAACUUGACCUUGGCAGAGAAGGCUGGACUGGUAACAGGUAAGGAAUACCAGUUUGGGUAUCGUAAUUUCAGCUUACAAGUCCUUCUCUANGGCUCUGCUGGACCUUGUGUCGGCAAUAUCGCCCCUAUCGAGCGUCUGGGUUUCGACGCUGCAGCCUCGUGGGACAAAGGGCUCAUUUACACCAGAGGAUUGUACAUGGCUCAAGAGUUCAGAGGCAAGGGUGCUAAUGUUGCGCUUGGACCUAAUNNAGGUCGCAACGGCCGCGGUGGACGUAAUUGGGAAGCGGCGUCGCCGUCGAGCAGACAAUUUGGGGCAUGCAAUCUACAGGAUUGCAAGCUUGUGUCAAGCAUNUACAUUGGAAACGAACAGGAAACUCAACGCAACCCUUCCACUCGUAAUGGAACAACCAUCCAAGCAGUCUCUUCAAAUAUCGAUGACCGUACCAUGCACGAGUUGUACUCGUGGCCGUUCCAAAACGCGAUUCGCAGCGGCGUAGCUUCUGUUAUGUGUUCCUACAACAGGAUCAAUGGCUCUUACGGCUGUGCAAACUCGAAGACAUUGAACGGCAUUCUCAAAGAAGAGUUUGGUUUCCAAGGUUAUGUUAUGAGCGAUUGNGGGAGUCUCGACAUGGAUAUGCCUGGUACCAUCGGUUUCGUUGCAGGAGGCAACAGCUUCUUUGGCGGCAACAUCACUACCGCUGUCAACAAUGGUUCCCUCUCCGAGGCUCGUCUCGAUGACAUGAUCAAGCGUAUCAUGACACCAUAUUUCCACCUCAAGCAGAACACUGACUAUCCUGCCAUUGAUCCAAGUAGCUCAAUCGGUGGGUUCUUCGGUGCUGCCGCCUCGACUGUCCAGUUNCCUCUCGGUUCAGUUGCGAACGUCGAUGUUCGUGCAAACCAUGCUACAUUGAUCAGAGAACUUGGUUCCGCUGGUACUGUUCUGCUGAAGAACGUCAACGGUGCGUUGCCAUUGAGGGCUCCCAAGAACAUCGCAGUGCUAGGCAACGAUGCCGGAGAUAUUCUGAACGGCGAGUACUUCUCUGCUGCUCCAUACCAGCAGAACCCACUUGGCUUCGUAGCCAGUGUCUGCAACAACACCGUUGUCGUCACUCAUUCUGGUGGACUGAACGUUAUGCCUUGGGCUAACAACCCCAAUGUCACUGCUAUUUUGGCAGCACAUCUUCCAGGUACCGAGACCGGCAACUCAUUAGUUGACAUUCUCUACGGUGAUGUCAAUCCGAGUGGUCGACUGCCCUAUACCAUUGCUCAAACACAGGAUGACUACUCGUUCGCCGACAUCACCAACAGCUCUGCUCUUCAAACCACUAGAGAUCCCAAUGCUUGGCAGUCGGACUUCAAGGAAGGUCUGCUUAUUGACUACCGUCACUUCGAUUACUACAACCAGAGUGUCCAGUACGAGUUCGGCUUUGGUCUUUCGUAUUCGACUUUCGACAUCUCAGCCCUGAGCGUCAAGAACGUGUACGGUGGCGGCAAUAUCAGCAGCAUUCCUCCCCCUGCCAAGACCAUCCCUGGCGGCAACCCUACUCUGUGGGACGUCCUCUACCAAGCCAAGGUGACUGUGUCAAACACAGGUGAUGUCGCCGGAGCUACUGUUCCACAGCUGUAUUUGUCACUUCCUCAGAUCCCCGGUGAGGACCCUACACUACUUUACGUGCUCCGUGGGUUCGAGAAGGUUAGCCUCCAGCCAGGGCAGAGUACGGUAGUCAACUUUGAUCUCACCAGACGCGAUCUCAGCUACUGGAGCGUGUUCCAACAAGAAUGGGUCAUUGCAGGAGGCGAGAUUGGGGUUUCGGUUGGCUUGAGCAGCAGAGACUUCAAGGCCACCUCUUCGAUCAGGGUUCUGUGA